AUGUCAGGUGUCGGGGAAAUUUUGAAAGCAGUUGGUGAUUUUGGGCGAUUCCAGAAAUGCCUGGUGCUGCUGUCCGUGAUCCCCUGCCUCAGUGUGGCUUUCCACCAGUUUUGCCAGCUUUUCAUGGUGGUGGAAGUGCCUCACCACUGUGACACCAGCUGGAUCCUCGCCGUGGGCCCCAACCUGACAGAGGAAGAGCAGCUGAACCUCACCCUGCCCCGGGGCCCCGACGGGCACUUUGAGCAGUGCUCCAUGUUCUCCCCGGUGGACUGGGACCUGGAUUCCAUCCUGGCCUAUGGGCUGAACCACACUGAGAAGUGCAGCAGUGGCUGGGUGUACCCCUCCGAGCAGCCACCGUCCCUGCUGACCGAGUUUGACCUGGUGUGUGACAGGAAGGACCUCAAUGACAUUGCCCAGGCCAUCUACAUGGCAGGGCUGCUCCUGGGAUCCAUGAUCUUUGGGCCUCUGAGUGACAGGAUCGGCCGCCGCCCGGUCGUUCUGAUCUCCGUCUUCCUGCAGGGCUUGUUUGGCCUGGGAAUUGCCUUUGUGCCCCAUUUCUAUGUGUACAUGGCCUUCAGGUGUGUGGUGGGGGCCUCCGUGUCAGGGAUCACCAUGACAUUACUGGCCUUAGCUACAGAAUGGAUUGGUGUCUCCUCCCGGCCAAAUGCAGUGCUCACCUCUCACUGCUGCUUUGCCAUCGGGCAGAUGAUUUUGGCUGGUUUGAGUUAUGGGAUUCGCAACUGGAGGCUGCUGGAAAUUGCAGGAUCUGCUCUUAUAUUUGCCUUUUUCUUCUGCAUGGGGGUGCUCCCAGAGUCACCUCGCUGGCUGGUGACCAAGGGUAGAAUCGAGGAAGCCAAGAAGGUGCUGCAGAAGGCGGCGGCCACCAACAAGUGCAGCCUCCCACCAGAGCUCCUGGAGCAGUUGAAGCCUGAGAAAGAGGAGGUCAAGUCUGGAAGUUUCCUGGAUCUCUUUCGGAAGAAGCACCUGCUGAAGGUGACUUUAAUCAUGUCAUGUGCCUGGUUUGUGAACAGCUUUGUCUACUACGGGCUGAGUCUGAAUGUGACAAAUUUUGGCCUGGACAUCUACCUGACUCAGCUGGCCUUUGGAGCAGUGGAAAUCCCAGCCCGUUUUGCUUGUAUCUUCACCCUGCAGAGGUUCGGGAGGAGGAAGACGCAGGCUGUUCUCCUGGUGCUGAGUGGCCUGGUGUGUCUGAUCAUCACUGGCAUCCCUGAAGACCAGCCCGUGGCAACCACCGUCCUGGCCACCAUUGGCAAGUUUGCUGCCUCAGCCUCCUUCUCCACCUCCUACGUCUACGCUGCUGAGCUCUUCCCCACGGUCGUCAGGCAGACGGGCGUGGGGCUGUGCUCUGUGUCGGCGCGGGUGGCCGGGAUCCUGGCCCCGCUGGUCCGGCUGCUGGGCCAGCACCACCGGGCCAUCCCCAUGGCCAUCUUUGGCAGUGCCCCCGUGCUGGGGGGGCUGCUCUGCAUCCUGCUGCCCGAGACCUGUGGCACCGACCUGGCAGAUGACACAGGGGAUGGCCACCCUCCGGCUCAGGUCUGUGAAAAUGCCACCAGCAGCUCUCAGAAUGGGCAGGUGAAAGGAAAAGGUGCUGACCAAGACAAUGAGAGCACGAAGACCACCUACUUCUAG